GUCGUGGUGGUGUCCGAAUCGUCGGUCAGGAUCUACGCGGCGCAUAUGAUCGAGGCCGAGGAUGGAUCCAGAGAGGCGGAUUAUCAGCUGACGGACCUCUAUCGGAGUCGCUUGGAUCGUGGAGUGGGACAGUUCCGGAAGGCUGUGGCGGCGGUACGGAACGCUAGGGACUUUGCGAAAGAGUGGAGGGAGUACUUCAUGGAGAUGGCCAGGCGGGAGCUGGAGGGCGAUCCUCGCAACUUGUCGCAGGGAAGUCCGAUGUCAGUGGAUGAGAAGCCGAACGAUGAUCCUGGCGAAGGUCCUAGUAGAAUGGCUCGUAUGCCCUCACUGAGUGACGACCAGAGCUCGGCCAGUAGCGACAGUGCCGCCUCUGGCCUCAAACGGCGCAGAAGUGACUACGCGCUGCUGUAUUCAAGCCUGGGCGAAGAGCUUCCACGCGUCAAGCGCCCUAGAUCUGUGAGCAGUGGCAGUGAUAGUCCACGGUUUAUUUAGUAUAUUUGAUAGAGC